CCGCCUCCUUCUGACGAGCAUAAGUAGCGCUUGCGCAUAGCCGGCGAGAAGAGUAUUACAGCAACGAAAAUGAUCAACUGGAAGGCCUUGGACAAUGUCCCCCUCCUCUUCUACAUCCUGGCCCUGAAGACGCUGCUGCUGUGCUUGGCCUUCGCCGGGGUCAAGAUUUACCAGAGCAGGAAAGCCGAGGAAGCCCUGAAGAAGCAGCAGGCCGAGAGGAGAAGGCUGGCCCAGCAGACGCAGGAACUCAUCGACAACCUGAAGGAGGACUGAGGAAAUCCAGAGGAGCAGAACGAGCUCCUCCCAACGAGCCGGAGAAGCAGAAAGAAAGA